GCAAACAAUCACCCAAUCAAUAUUCCCAUUCAGUCACAGGCACUGACUCAGCAUCUACGCUGGGCCGCAUGUGCACAGGACCAGAUGUCAGUUUGUGCUGUUUAUAGUAUUUCAGAUUGGAUCUGCUUUGGUUCCCUGUCCUCUCUCUGAUCACACACAGACCCUCCUGGUUAUCACUCAGCCUCACCCGUCCGCCAGACGCCCUGAGCAGGAUGCAGAGCUCUGCAAAUGGACAGGCCUGUUUCCGUGGCGACGGAGGCAGCGUAAAAGCCCGUCUGCUCCUUAACUGGAGGAGACUGGAGGCAGGGACGCACGGAGGCCUGUUUUACCCCGUCCCUGGGGGACACAGAGGGGGAGGAAACGGGGGAGGCUGGAUCUUUUAAAGCCAAACGCCGGGGACAGAUGCGCUGAUGCUAUUGAUGUUGAUUUUCGAAUCCUCCCAGGACGGUGACAAGUUAAUGGGGUUUGUUGAAGUCAUUUCAGCCUGAAAGCGCUCGAUCAUCAACUUACAGUUUAUCCCUAAAGCCGUGUGAGGCUUCACCCUCUCAUCAGCCUUGGUCUGUUACUGUAGAUUUUAAGACACUGUUUUUAUUUCUAAAGGUUCUUGUUAGUUAUUUACAAUUCAUUAAACAUUCAUCAAGAGCAGGAAUCUUCCGUGCCCUCGUAUUUGAUGCUUCGCCACAAGAGGGCGCUGAUGCUGCAGAACGCGCUGUUGCUGCUGCUGUCACUGUGGUUACAGCGGUGGUGUCUGUUCUCACAGCACCUAAUAAUAGGUCGAUUUGCUCGAAACGCUUUUCUGGGAAGAGCCGCUACUCUUUUUAUGUUAGUCUGUUUUUAAACUUCUAUCACUGAAGCGUGUGUUUUUAUUGCCACCGUGGAACUGAAACGUGACUCCUGCUGCUCGUAGUUUAUUCACAUCUCAGGGUUAAAGGCUGACUUCCAGCUUCCUGACCUCAGAGGCCGCUUCACGAGCAUGAAGCUUCCUGCAGCCGUGACCACAGACGGCACCUGCCUCCUCGUCACAGCUUAUUAUCUGCCUUGGGUGGUUGAACCACACGUUUCCUAUUAAGAGCUUCAAAACCCUGCGAAGCAGUCACCGACAACAUGUCCGCCGCGUGGAUGCGGCUCGCAGCCGUCCUGUGCCUCAGCGGCCCGGUUCUGGCCGACCCAGAGAGCGAGGACGUCCUGUGGAGAGCGUGUGGGGAGUCCGUCACCAUCCAGUGCAGGUCGUCGGAACCGCAGCUGAAGCAUUUGGACCUGAGGAAGGGACUUAAUAAGUACGUCUCAGUUUUACAACAAUCUGCGGCCUCGGAUCAUAGGAUCGGAGGAGAAUUCACAGAGAGAGUGCAGGGGAAUGGGGCGUUCCCCAACGUGGACGUCCUCAUCAAAAACCUGACCUCAGGCGACACAGGCGUGUACCGGUGCAUGUACAGGCAGGCGAAUCAGACCGGAACCGAGGCCAAGCAAGGCAGCGGGUCGGUGCUGGUGGUGGUCAGAGACAGGUGCAGGCCCGCCUGCUGCCCGGCGCCGGAGGAGCAGAGCCUGGUUCCGGUGUGGGUCAUGGUCGGCGCCGCCGCGCUCCUCACCGUCGUCAUGUGUCUGCUCAUGUGGCUCAUCAAGACCAAGACCGCGGCGCCGGCCGAGGCCACCACGUACGCCACCAUGAAGCCGGGGUCCGAGCCCGGCGGCAGCGGCGCCGACGUGUACGAGGAGAUGAGGGGGGCGCUCGGGCCUCCGCCUGCGGGCGCCAUGGGGCUCCAGGGAGCGGGUGAGGGCGACGCCGGCCUUUCUGCCUGACGUCUGCAUGCGCGCGUGGGAGACGGAGCAGCUGACGGCACCAGCUGCUCCCGGAUCAGCAGCGACGCUCAUCCCUCCCUGGGGAUCUGGAACCGAGGACAUGAACCAUAACUGGCACCAUGUUACAUUUACAUUUGUGUUUUUAACUAAUAAAUGAUGCUGUCUGUGA